AUUCUCCUUCAUCUGUGGUGAACAAACAGCUGGGAUCAAUGACUCUGGAUGAGCAGCAGGGAGCUGAAUCUGCUGGUUCGCCUCCCGAUGAGUCCGUUCCUGCAGCAGCCAUCGCCGAUCCUCCCCCUCCCCCUACCACAACCUCCACCCCCCGACCCAGCACAGCAGAACCCAUCCUCAGCCUGCACUACAGCUCCGAGGGAACCACCACCAGCACCAUCAAGCUGGACUUUACUGAUGAGUGGAGCAGCAGCACGUCCAGCUCUCUGGGCAGCGGAGGCUCUAAAACCUCGGAGGCUGUGGCUGCACAGAGCAGAGAGAGUGCGUCUGCAGAGAGUUCGGUGUCAGAACAGGCUCCCUGUGAGUCCUCGGGGCAGCAGACUCUGCCAGCGGCCGCUACGGAGCAUCCGGGUGACGCCACAUCCUCCAGCUCCGCCAAUCAGGCGGGGGUCUCGUCUGAGGGGGACGGCGUGACGUCUUCACCGCGGGAGAGGAGUCAACCGGAGGGUUCGGAGGACACGUCCAGGAGCUGCAGGAGAGCAGAACCUGCUGGAGAGGAAAGUCAGAGUCAGCCGGCGCCGAGCAACCAGGACUCUGAUGACAGCGARGAUGAUCCAAUCCUGAUCCCACCAACCAGGUUCAGAGGACAGGGACAGAGAUUUAAUUCCAGGGGAUCUGCUGUAGGAGAUAGGAUGAUCAGACGCUCAGCAGCAGCUCGUAUCCAGGAGUUGUUCCGCAGGAGAAAAGAAAGGAGGGAGAUGGAGGAGAGCGAAACCCAGAACAUCAGGAGACCUUCGGUCAAAAUGGUUUACAAAGGCCAUCGUAACUCCAGAACAAUGAUAAAAGAGUCGUGUUUCUGGGGCAACAACUUCGUGAUGAGCGGCUCCGACUGCGGUCACAUAUUUAUCUGGGACAGGCACACGGCAGAGCACCUGAUGCUGCUCGAAGCCGACAACCACGUGGUCAACUGUCUGCAGCCGCACCCGUACGACCCCAUUCUGGCCUCUUCGGGGAUCGACUAUGAUAUCAAGAUUUGGUCACCGCUGGAACAGUUACCGUCUUUUAAUAGAGUCCUUGCUGAUGAGGUAAUAACCCGAAAUGAGCUAAUGCUGGAAGAAACCAGAAAUACAAUCACAGUCCCGGCCUCCUUCAUGCUCCGAAUGUUGGCCUCCCUCAAUCACAUCAGAUCAGACCGGCUGGAGGGCGAUCGCUCUGAGGGCUCCGGCCAGGAAAACGACGAUGAGCAGUAACCAGACUGUAUUUCAAAACAAGCCCUUUUUCUUCUUGCUGUAAAGCACUUAAAAACAGAUUUGUACUAGUGUAGAAUACUUCCUUUUGAAUAUUAGUGUAAUUUUUAGGCCCCUUGGUUUUUUUUAAAGAUACCUUUUCUUACUUCUGUUUCUGGAUGAGGAUAAAGUACAUCAGAGUGAGUGAGGAAAAAUGGUGUGAAAGGGUGUUUAAGUGCAAUAUUGUUUCUGUUUUGGAGACGGUCAGCUUCGGUCAGUGUUAAUGUUUGACUUUUUUUUUUUUUUGAACUUGUAGCAGAGAAAUGUUGAUGUGCUGCUGCAGGUUURACGCAUGUGAAUACAGACUUAAGAAAAAAAAACACAGACGCUUUAAUUUUGUUUGAUGGAAAAAAAAGUAACAAAGCUGUGGUUCUUCUCUCGAGUCUGUUUUAUAGAAUUUAAAAGAAAAACAAUAAAUUUAAACUAUGAAAACCAA